GGCUAUGUCUCGCUAUCUCUGCUCCACCGUGUGGCGGACUUUGCUCGGGGCGGCGCCGUGAGAGGAGGGUCUUGCUGCGGGAGCGUGUAAUAAGGCUGACAGGCUGCAGCCCGGUUCGCCCAGUGUCGGUGUAACCGGUGACAGGGAUCGGAGCCUCACUGUAUGAGCGCCAUGCAGACCCGCAGCACCUUCCCCGGGGGCCCCGGCAGACUGGCCGUCCUACAGCGGCACCUCGUAUCCUUUACACUGCGCGCGGGGGAUGCUGGGAGCGGCGACCUCUGAGCCCAGAGAGCUGCUUGCAGAUAGAGGGGAGAUGGGGGGAGGGAGGGGGGUGAUCUAAAUAACAGUGUAUAGCUGCUGUAUGUCAAGGUGAUGUUUUGUUUUAUAAACUCCCAUGGUAAAUAUAGAGUCAGUGAUUGUAGUAAAGGUGCUGGCCAGGCAUUGUUUGCUGUAGAUAUUGAGGAAUACCCCUCCAUUGGCAGCCUGUUACUGGGAAGCAGUCUGUUUGCAGUACUAUCAGGAGCUAUAUUUGAAAUGUACUUUAUAUCAUGUCUGUAGUAAACAAUCCUGUGCACAGCAUCUAUGGCUGAGAUCAUUUGCUUCUGUUUAAGCACCAUGGGAGCUGUAGCUUUACAGUAUUUGGGGAAUUUUUUUGGACACCCCCAAUUAGACAGUCAUCUCACCCCCCCUCCCCAAUACACCACAAUAAGAUCACUUUAGAGAUCGGAAGGUUUUUUUUGAAAACAAUUAUAUUUUGUUCCAGAGUAUCAGUCAGGGUGGUUUAUUCCUGAAUACUGGUGUCUCCGUGCAGGUUGUUAUAUUUUCUGUCAAUUGCAUUACAGCUACCAAACCAGGAAGUAACCAGCAAAUAUGUACAUCUAUACAGAAAUAUACAUUGCUUUUAUUUGGGACCAUCUGUUUUUUUUUUCCAGAUCCCAAUUUCAGAGUCCGAAAUUAAAAUAACACUUUUGUUGUUUUAUAACAUAAUAAACUUUCUCUGUGGUGUGUAUAAUGGGGGUUGGUAGUUUAGGUAUAGAAAAAUGCAAAUUGAUACACCGUAUGUAGGUGAAAGGACAACCAUGACAAGUGUUACAAGGGGCAGCAACGCUGGUUGACUGUUAGAAGUCAGUUAUAGGACAAAGGAAAUUGUUGUGUUUGACCUUAAUGUAAACGGUAUGAUGUCCAGAGGCUGGCUCAUGGACUUGGUACCUGAUUUAUUUUCUAGAUAACAUGAAGACUCUCAUACACAACAAAGUUUCUCUGUCUGCGUCAUACAUCUGAGUUCUGUGAUCAUUUAGAACCUGAUUUCAGAAAUUGAUAAACAGAUCCUGUUAGAGGCAUUUGUCGAGAAUAAAGGUUCCUAGCCAGAGAAUUUGGCUGCAAAUAGUCAGUUUGAGUUGCAAAAGUUGGAAGAGGGUCAUGAAACUGAAAUAAUAAUUAAACGUUAAUCAAGGGAGCAAAAAGCUUUGGUUGUGUGUGUAUAUGGGGCAUAUAGGAGUAGGCAAGUAUACUAAAGGGGAUCGAUUUACUUAAGUGAAGGGAGGUGAAUUGUUAAGGAAAUUGCAAUAUUUAUGCCAAUGUAACGACCUGGAAAAAGUAGUUAAAUAUUUUAUUUUUUGUCCAGUUUGGCUAUACACCCUGUUCCAAAUUAUUAUGCAAAUUCUAUUUAAGUGUCACAAAGAUUAAAUAUUUUGUUUUUCAGUUUAACUCAUGGAUGGCAUUGUGUCUCAGGGCUCAUUUGAUCACUUAAAACAAUCUUGGACACCUGUGAUAAUUAGAUUGCCAGGUGAGCCCAAUUUAAGGAAAAACUACUAAAGGAGGGUUUUCGACAUUAUUAAGCAGAGCACAAUUUUCAUGCAAUAUGGGGAAGAAAAAGGACAUCUCUGCUGCCGAAAAGAGUGAAAUAGCUCAAUGCCUUGGACGAGGUAUGAAACCAUUAGAUAUUUCACGAAAACUUAAGCAUGAUCAUCGCACUAUUAAGAGAUUUGUGGCUGAUUCAGAGCACAGACGGGUUCGUGCAGAUAAAGGCACAUUGAGGAAUAUUCCUGCUAGAUCCAUGCAUCGGAUCAAGAGAGCAGCUGCUAAAAUACCAUUACAUAGCGGCAAACAGAUAUUUGAAGCUGCUGGUGCCUCUGGAGUCUCACGGCCAUCAAGGUGUAGAGUCCUCCAGAGUCUUGCAACUGUGCAUAAACCUUCUAUUCGGCCACCACUAACCAAUGCUCACAAGCAGAAAUGGCUGCAUUGGGCAGAAAAAUACAUGAAGACUAAUUUUUAAACAGUCCUGUUAACUGAUGAGUGCCAUGCAACCCUGGAUGGUCCAGAUGGAUGGAGUAGUGGAUGGUUGAUGGACGGCCAACCUGUUCCAACAAGGCUGCGACGUCAGCAAGGCGGUGGUGGAGUCAUGUUUUGGGCCAGAACCAUGGGAAGAGAGCUGGUCGGCCCCUUUAGGGUCCCCGAAGGUGUAAAGAUGACCUCUGCAAAGUAUGUGGAGUUUCUGACUGACCACUUUCUUCCCUGGUACAGAAGGAAGAACUAUGCUUUCCGUAAUAAAAUCAUCUUCAUGCAUGACAAUGUACCAUCUCAUGCUGCAAAGAAUACCUCUGCAUCAAUGGCUGCCAAGGCAGAUAAAAGCAGAGAAAGUCAUGGUGUGUCCUCCAUUUUCCCCUGACCUCAAUCCUAAUGAGAACCUUUGGAGCAUCCUCAAGCAAAAGAUCUAUGAGGGUGGGAGGCAGUUUACAUCCAAACAGCAGCUCUGGGAGGCUAUUCUGACAUCUUGCAAACGAAUUCAAGCAGAAACUGUCCAAAAACUCACAAGUUCAAUGGAAGACUUGUGAAGCUGCUACCAAAUAAGGGGUCCUAUGUUAAAAUGUAACGUGACCUGUUAAAAUGUUUAAAAAGUUAAAAUGUUGUUAUAAGUUUGAUUGAAAUAGCUUUUGAUUUCAGUAAAUAUGCUGCAAACACAACAAAUGACAAUUUUCAGUUCUUUACAACCUAUAAAGUGUUUUGAAACUUACUGUGCGUAAUAAUUUGGAACAGUGCAUUGUAAGUUUUUUAUGUUUAAAAAAAAUACUGUUAUCAUUAGGAAGUCUGUUAAAUAAAAUUUGAAUUGUACUCUUAAUAGUUGAUAACAUGUAACAUGAGAAUUGUGCUGACUGUUAUUUACAUCAAUUAUUUAGGUAAAUUAGAAAAAUAUCAUUUGCAUAAUAAUUUGGAACAUGGGCCUAGAAAUUUGCAACUUGUGGGCUUAUUCACAAAUGUCAGAAUAGUUGUGAAUUGAAACUAGAUUUCAAAUUUAAUGCCAAAAUAGCCAAACUGGAAAUAUUCUCCAAAUUGGCUGUGCUGCAUUUGGCUACUUUCUCAAUGCGGUGCCCCUCUAGGGCAAUGCAUGCACAGAGCAGGCAGACUGGCCAUCGGGCAAACUGGGCAAAUGCCCGGUGGGCCGCGAUGACCAUGCGCCGAGGCCUACAUGUGAGAUCACAGGAUCUCCCCUGCAGGGCCACUGCUAUUCAUGCGCCGGCCCUGCUAGGUGUCUUCGUGGUCCUGUAGGGUGAUCAGGGAUCUCCCUCACUGGCCCACAGACAUUGAAAUGGGCAUCCAGCAGCACGGGAGGGAAAGGAGAGAGAGGACCCAAGGGAACUGUAGCCUGCAGCUCCUCCGGGUUCUCCUCUUGCAAGGUUGGAGUGUUACCGUGGUAACAUUCCGAUCCCGCAAGAGUGAAUUCUGGCCGGAGGAGCCACAGGUUAGAGUUCACUCUCCGGUAGGACCACCAGGGCCUCACCACCCGACCUCCAGAGAUUAAAAGCAAUAUCCCCCCUCCCUGAGCAAAGGUAAGAAGGGAGGUGGGAUAUAAACUAUAUUUUUUUUUAAUUAAAAUAAAAAAUACACAUGUAUAUGCUUUAAUCUCACCACACUGUAACUCAAACACACAUACACUUCACCCAAUCACACACUGCAAUCCCCCCUCCCAAACACACACACACACCACACCUCAGGGCCGCCACCAGAAAUUUUAACCUAACUCAGCUUAGGGUCUGGGGCCCGCCUGCAAAUACCGCCCACAGGGUCCGCCUCCAAAUACCGCCCACAGGAAUACACACACAGACACAAACACACACACUAAUACAAAAGGACACAGUUACAUACUAACAGACACACAUACUGAAACAGAUAUACAUGCAUACAUACUGAGACAUACACACAUAUACAGACACACAGGCAUACAUAGUGACAGACCGACACAUACUAACAUACAUACAGACACACAUGCAUGAGGAAAUAAAGACACAUACAGACAUACAUACAUUCAUACUGACAGACAUACAGACACUGACAUACAUGCAGACAGACAUACAUGGAAAUACAGACACACACACACACACACACACACACAGCUCAUUUUCCAGCCACCCUCCUGUUUCUUACCUUUUCUUUGCAGGAGGGUAGCUGGGCUGAUGGGAGUAGUGGGCUUGGCUCUUCCUCACUGCCAGGCGCGCGUUCCUCCCAGCAGCACUUGCCACGGCUGCAUUUUUUUGUAAGUAGGCCAUUACCCCCUCUCCUCCCCCUAUUAAAGUUAUUUUCACAAGGCAUUACAACUUACUGAUUGGCUUGUAUAUCCUGCUACUAUAGUUGAUGUUAAAUUAAAAUAAAGAAGCCCAUGCAGUUCUGGUUUGUUUGUUUUUCCCUUUAAGAUCUAUAAUCUGUAUCACAAAAAAAAUUAAAUAAUAUUGUUAUUAGUACUUAAUUGACCUUAAUUAAUACCUCAGGUGGCUGUUCCAGUUUCUGGUCAAGUCUCAACUGCCAUCUACCCAACUGACUUCCAGUAAGUAUGUCCCAUGUCUUACCAGUGUGUAUUAACACCUCCAAACUGUAAAUUUUAGAUCUUCUGACACCUGGAUGCAUAGCUAGCACAUAAAGCUGCAGGAAAUAAUUUCGUGGAUAGUGUGCUUUAAAGAUACCAAAAAAUUCAUAUUGUUACUUAAUUUACAUUUAAUAUGUUCAUCCUCUGCAAAAAUGUGCAUGUUGUGGGGAGGAGUUGUAAAGAAUUUGUAGUUUUUAGCGGGGCACUUUCAUCACAAUUCUUCUGGCAUGUUUACGAUCAUGCUGUGUGCCUUGGUUAGCUAUGCAAGUUCCUGUACAAUAUGGGAAUAAGGAAUGUGGAAUGCAAAGUAUAGUCCCUCUCUGUUUCUCUUUAUUUGUUUUGUUAGACCUACAUUUUAGAAAAUGCAAGUAACUGAAAUGAAGUAUGCAUUCUUACCUAAACACUCAGUCCAGAUCUAGAAUUGCAAUAAUAAAAAUUAUUUUUAGCAAACAAUGCACAGAUAAGCAUAAAAGGCAGCCUUUGUGAAAUUAUGAGGGAUUUAUGCUCCAGUUUUAUUCUAAAAUGGUUUGUGAAAUUUGGUUUCCAGCUUAUACCCCCUGAAAAAUUAUUAUUGUAUAACUUCCCUGUCACUAUUUCACAUAGCUUUAUUUUAAAUGCAUGUGUUCCCUUCUUGUGCAAGGAGUGCUUUUUGAAACUGAAGCAUCAAUAGGGAAUUUAGAAACAGUGUGACGACAGAUGACAGCUUUUCGGCCAAUCUAGUCUUCCCAAUUUUCGAAAUACUUUCAUUAGACUCAUAUCUUAAUAUGCCUUAUGUUUAUCCCAUGCAUGCCUAAACUUCCUCACUGUGUUAACCUCCAUGCAUGGAAGGCUAUUCCAUGCAUCCACUACCCUCUCAGUAAAGUAAUACUUCCUGAUAUUAUUUUUAAACCUUUGCCCUUCUAAUUGAAGACUGUCCUCUUGUUGUGGCAAUUUUCCUUCUUUUAAAUAUACUUACUCUCUUCCUUUACUAUGUUGAUUCCCUUUAUAUAUUUAAACGUUCUAUCCUCUAUCAACAUGAUAUGAUCUUUUGUCCAGCACCAGUGUAUCUGGAAUCUUUGUCCUUUCACUUUGCAAAGAUCGUCUGUAUCACUAAAUACAUUGUGCAACUAUGUUGCACAUAUUCUGCCUUGCUUAAAGGACCACUCUAGGCACCCAGACCACUUCAGCUUAAUGAAGUGGUCUGGGUGCCUGGUCCAGCUAGGGUUAACCCAUUUUUUCAUAAACAUAGCAGUUUCAGAGAAACCGGUCACUACCAUCCUACGAGAGAAAAACAUGCAGUAUAGAUGGGGUUACCCAUUUAGCAUCACGGUCUGCCAUAAUAAUGAAUGGGUCUCAGCCAGAUGGCCCGAGGAAAUCCCCCAAUUCUUGCAACGGCUGGAUCUACCACCGACUCCCAUCCUGAACUGGGUCUUCAUGCCAUUAGAACCCAGACCACAACUGCAGCGACAGACACGGCGACGAAGAUGGAACUCCCCUGGCGACGCACCGCGGCACCAUCCAGAUCUGACACACCCGGAGGAAUAAUCUCCCUGCCGAUAAGCCUACGACCGCACUCGAGGACCCCAUGCUCCCCAGUCACCGCAGACUAAUGGAACUCAGGUCGGAGAAGUACGUCGGCUGCAUACCUGCACACCUGUAACCUGACUGUGGGCUGACCUGGUACAAGCACAGGAUUGUGAGGGGAGUCCCCUGAGGGUGCGGGUAGGCAUCAGAAUUCACCCUUGGACAGAUCGAAACACAGGAUAUCACACCAGCAAAUGGGUCCCGCACACACACAAAAAAAAAAUCCACACCCCCUCUAUAGACAGGGAACGGAAAAGAUUAGAGGGAAAGACCUUUGGGGAGGUGGGUCGAGGGAAGGGUAAACCGGUUCAUGAUAAUUGGGGACUCUAGACUUCCCGCAGAAUUGACCUUUGAUAUGUGACCUGUGGAAAGACUGGUACCACCAUGAAGAGACGAGGAACGCUUCAGGAUCACUGCCCAAAAGCAGACAGGUAAGCCAAGAGGAUAAGCAGACGGGACUUUCCUGAGGACUUACAAAUAUCAACCACACAAUUCAUUCCUUCAUCGCACCUACAUAGUGAUGUAUCUGCUCCCAUGCUGUCGGGUCCUCCCUAACUAGCAUAUACCACACGGGUGACAUGACCCACUUUCCUGCCACCCACAACCCCCUCCACACCCCACCACCAUAAUUAAUCACUCCACGGCGGAACAUAGAGACGCAUGUGAACGCGUUGAUUAACCUGGGGCCCUGCUUAUACACACAAUUAGUACCAGUGACGGAUCAAGCUAGGAGAGAUGAAGGGGCAACCGUGGAACGACAUGAAGAAAGGGGGGUGAGGGAGGGACUGAAAAAUAGGAGGGGGGGAUCGAGAGAGACGGGGAGGGGAGAAAGGAGGGAAGAUAGAGAGGGAAGAAGGGAGGGAAGGGGACAAAGACGGUGGGAGGCAUACAGGAGGGCAGGGGGGAAUGCGGAAGGCAAAAGUGGGAGGGAGGGAAACGGGGAGAGGGGGAAAAAAAACACACGAGCAUCACGACAUGGCCAUGAAGAGGGGUAGACCCAUACACUACUGUGGCGCAACCAACCUCGCCACUGUGCACUGGAGAAGCCUGGUUGCUCGCCUGCUCCCUUUAGACUAUGGCCCCUGUUCUUUUACCCUGCAGAAAGGCUGGUUAGUGCCUUUCUGCGGACUGUUAAAGCCAUGCUACCCCAGAUAGCUAUGCCAUGGAGCCCAGCCAUGUACUGAAAGACUGCAUGAAAGACUUUGGCUCCAUGGCGAUUGAACUGUAUGUAUGUGAUCUGAGCGCCAUCCGGUAAUAAUGUGCGCUCAGAUCUAAGCUAUCUGGGGAUAGGUAGAAUGUCUGUAUUUUAUGUAAUAAAAGUAACCUUGUGUAUUUUAUUGUAUUUUACUGUCUUUUUACUGCCAUGUGCUUAAUGGAGUUUUGCCUCUGUCCUUGGAGAUAAUUGGAUUACUUCUCAAUUAUCUCCAGGAUAGAAGACUCUGUGAAACUGGUUUUGGGCAGAAAAGCCAUGCUUCAUUUGGUCACAAAGGACUUUGAUCUAUCUUUUGAACCAAUGGACCAAUUUGGAUGAUUUUGACAUAUGUUUGUAUUUGGAGUAUGCUGAUUCAGAAAAUGUGAAUAUGAUGCAUACUUUCAAAGUUAUGAAUAAUGUGGAAAAACUGUAUUCCUCUGCCUGUGAUAAUUAUAUCACCCAUUGUGUUCAGUAAUCCUCACAGACAGAGGGGAGGAUUUUGUGUGGGAGUGUCUGUGUGUAAUGUAUAGAUUGAUUGGUUGUUCUGUAAAACCCUGUGGGCAGUACUAUGUUUGUGGAUUGGGAAUAAAAGAGGCUGUAUGUGCCAGUACAGUCAGAUUCUGCUUAACCCUCAAACGAAGUGUCAUCUCGUUAUUGGGGGAAUUGGAUUGUAUGCUGACUGCCAGGAGUGUAAACCUUUCGUAUGGUUUUUCCUGUUCAGCUGUUUUCAGUAUUCGUGAGUUUCCUGUUUGGGAGUUGGAGAAUUUGUGUAGUUUGCAGUUCGGGAGAUUGGUGAUUGCAAUAGCUGUCUGUGCAUCUGAAAGGGGAAUAUCGCCUAAACGGCUUUUAACCUCUGGUGAGCAAAACGGUCCGUUACAACUACGUAUUCCAAUGGGAUAUCCACACGUAACUUUAACGCAGACGUGCAGGUCAACCUGAAGGGUGAGUGCCUCUAUCAGACACCGGAGGCACCGGGACACACAACACAUCGUGCUGACAAUAACGAACACAAAACCAUUAGUAUUAGUGAUGGCUACACCAUAACCACAUUACAGUGGACGGACACGGUAACCCCACUCCUACACGGUUCAAAGGACUUACUAACCACCUACCGGCGGGACUCCAAGAUACUGUCUAAGCUCUCAAGGAGCGUUACCAAAACCAACACCUUAUAACCUGUAGAUAUCCUUGCCCCAACUGACUGGGGCCCAGACACGCUACCCACCAAUCUCGGUGUGCACACUUGACACUGCGAGGGGCAGCUGGUGCACCACCGGGCUCCACCACGGGGUGGCCGCUGCCUGAUACCGCAGGCACACGACCUCCCUCUUCUUGGAAAGGCCCACUUCCACUCCAUCCACACCCUAGGGGGGCACCCACCCGAAACACCCUAAUUCCCAAAGCCCGCAUAAGCCUCCUACACACCCCCUUCCACAGAAACCACGACGAGAACCCAACGCAACUGAGAGGAACUGAAAAGUCACCCGACAAUACACCCCUCGACCACACAGACACGAACAACACCCAACUACCGAACACCCGUUAGCUCACACAUACAUUUAUUACUUAACGAUCCACCCAAAUACCCCACUCCUCCCCCUUGCUCCUGACUCUGCCGUCAUUGCUCCCCGAGUGGCACCAUCCACCCGAACCGCCGCAUUGAACUUCCGAGGUGACCACAACUCUAGACGCAGUGUUGGGCUUCCCCGGCCGCCUCCCACACACCCGCGAAGAGGGGACGCGGGCGGGUGACCCGAUAACCGAUAGGACACCCCGCCAGGGCAAAGACUCUGACAAGAUGACUUACCACCCGGACCCACUAAAAAUCUUCACACAAAAUUGUAGAGGACUAAACCUCCCUGAAUGCAGAACUCACCUUCUUAGGGAACUCAAGAGAGAGAGAAUAGCAAUAGCUCUUCUACAAGAAACUCACUUCCGGGAGGGAUCGGCCCCGACACUUAAGAACAAACACUACCCCUCCAACUACUACAGCAAACACCCCACAGCGAAAAAACCUGGGGUCGCAAUCCUGAUAGCAGCUAGGCUACAAUUCAAAGAGAGGGAACACCUCAUAGACACGAACGGCAGAUAUAUCUUCGUCAAAGGAUAGCUAUCAAGCCGACGCUACAUGUUCACGGCACUGUACGUCCCCAACAACAAUCAAUCUCGAUUCCUCAAAUGCACACUGAAGAAACUAGCGGACUUCACAGAAGGAACACUGGUCACGGGAGGGGACUUCAACGUCCCGCUGGACCCUAAAAUGGACUCCUCUACGGGACAUAGUAGCAUCCCACAAAGAGAAAUAAGAAACAUCCACCAAACCUUACGGACACUGCGCCUAGUAGACUGCUGGAGAACAAUGAACCCACUGGACAAAGAAUACACUCACUACUCCACACUAUACAAAAGAUACUCCAGAAUAGAUUUCCUGCUAGUGAAACAAGAGGCUCUGACAAGACUCCAGAGAGCAUCCAUACACGCCGCGACCUGGUCGGACCACGGACAGGUUUCAAUAGACCUCAAAUCCCCCUUCGCAAGACCAAUGAAGAGGACUUGGAGACUCAAUGACUCCCUUUUAACUGACCCUCCGUUGAGAGCCCAAAUCGCCGAAACACUAAAAACGUACUUCACUGAAAAUGAGACGGAAGAUAUGACAGUAUGGGAAGCCCACAGAAGCGUAAUUCGGGGCAGACUUAUCCAACUCGCGUCGCAACGGAAAAAAACAUCUGAAAGGCUUAUGUCAAACAUCGUUGACCGGAUCCGCGCGCUGGAAACACAACACAAACGCCAGCAGGUAGAGGAUACCUACAAAGAACUCUUAGAGGUGAGGAGACAACUACACGCACUACUACUCAAGAGACACCUGAGACAACUCCGCAGAUCCAAAGGAUUCUUUUAUCUACACGCAAACAAAGGAGGCAAACUCCUAGCACAAAUGCUCAGAGGACAGCAACAACCCGCACAAAUACACAAAUUAAAAAAGGAGGCACCACCACCCAGAGAAAAUUGCUAAGGAAUUCCUUAACUACUACUCGUCACUCUACAAUACACACAAACAAAGCGACGACGAAAGCACGCGCAUCAAACAGGACCGCAUAGAAAGCUUCCUAAGGGAACACCUCCACACGACGGUGACAGCCAUGGACGCAGAAACACUCGACCUACUGGUCACCCAAGAUGAUAUUAAAGCAUCCAUCAAAACGACGAAAACAGGACGCGCCCCCGGACCAGACGGACUGACUCUAGACUACUAGACUCUCCAAAUUCACAAAAGCCCUAAAUGCAAUCACAGAGGGGCAUACAUUCCACGCAGAAUCACUGUCGGCCACGAUCACAGUAAUACCAAAACCAGGUAAGGAUCCGGAAACCUAUAGCAGCUACCGACCCAUCUCCCUGUUAAAUGUUGACACAAAACUCUUUACCAAAAUAUUGGCUGCCAGACUCAGCAAUCUGAUGCCAACACUAGUACACCCCGAUCAAACAGGGUUCAUACCGGAGCGGGAGGCUUGGGAUAGCACUUUGAGGGUCCUUGCCAUACAACAUUUAGCGAGACAAAACAGAUCAUCACCGCCUGCUAUCCACAGACGCCAAAAAGGCGUUUGACCGAGUGGACUGGACGUUCCUGAAAACGGUAUUGCGCCUUCUGGGAUUCACCGAACACAUACUGAAAUGGAUUGGAGCACUCUACAGUGACCCAACGGCAGCGAUAUGCAUCAACGGAGCCCUGACGGAGUCCUUUCCAAUUCGAAAUGGAACGAGACAGGGAUGCCCCUUGUCCCCGCUAUUGUUUGCCCUCACGUUAGACCCUCUACUGGAAGCAAUCCGGCGAAAUAUUAACAUCUCGGGUUACACUUGGAAAACCACCACCCAUAAGGUUGCCGCAUAUGCAGACGAUAUGUUAUUCUUCAUCACACAACCACGACUCACCCUGCCCUGCUUAAUGACCGAACUUGAACACUACGGACGUCAGUUGGGCCUCAAACUCAACCGAAGUAAAUGUGAACUUCUCAAUAUCAAUGACCCAAAAGGAGAACACAGAGCUCUAGCCUCGGCCUUCCCGUUCCGGUGGUGCCAAACCCAAAUGAGAUACCUAGGGAUAUGGGUAACGACAGACCCAAGCGCCCUCUAUCAGACAAACUUCCUCCCGCUCCUCACACGAAUACAGCACGAUCUACGAGUCUGGAAUUACCCACACAUCUCAUGGCUAGGCCGCAUAGCGGUUAUCAAAAUGAAUAUACUACCCAGGAUACUAUAUCUAUUCCACACGAUCCUACUAGCACCACCGAUGACCUUUUUCGCCACGCUAAAAACCACAUUUCUGACCUACGUAUGGAGAGGAUGCAGACCACGACUGAGAUAUGAACUCCUGUGUCGGACCAGAAGACAAGGGGGACUGGCACUCCCAGAUCUUAGUAAAUACCACCAAGCAACAGCCCUACAACGGAUCCUAGAAUGGCACACUAACCCCAGAUACAAACAAUGGGUGACCCUAGACAAGGAAUCGUGCGGCCCGUCCAUCUUUACAUCCUUCUGGAACACGAGAACGACACGGAAAGUCGAUUCUUACACACUCUCCCCGGCGAAUCAAAACCUUCAAACUUGGUCGACAAUGCGGAAAAUGGCAACCAUCUCACCCACACCUAGCCCGAUGACCACGUUAACGCACAACCAAACACUGGGAGGAGGACUGCCACUCAAAACCUGGGACUUCCUGAGAGGGGAGGAAUUAAUUCCACUCCACAAAACACUGACAGCUACUGGAAUGACCCCCCUGUAACAAUUAGAGGGCCCGCCAACCCCCAUGCAAAGAUUUCGAUACUCACAACUGACGCAUUUCUAUCACACACUACCGAACAGACAUACAGUACACAGACCCCUCACAUGGUUCGAGGAAAUAUGCAACAAAAAAACGCCUAUCCAGAAACCAACAGCAACACUAUACCAAUACCUAAUCACGGACGACCACCAGGCAGUGUAUGAAAUCAGUUAGGGUGUGUGUGACUCAGUGAAUGUGUGUGGUGUGUAUGCCAGUGAAAGUUAAACACUGUGCGCCAAUGACUUUGUGUCUGUCAGUGAGUGUAUGUCUGUGUAUGUAUCAUCAGUGUGGGCAUGUGUCUGUCAAAGUUUGUGUUGGUCUUAAACAGGAAGGGGUGAGGCAACUUUAGGUUAGUGGGUGCCUGAGUUUUUAGUCAUGCCUAGGGCAGCACAAAACCAAAAUAAACUACUGAACACACUGUUGUGUUUAAUUAUUCUGAGACAUAAAAGUAAAUCGCAAUAAUGAUAGAAUACAGUCCUUAUGUGGUAAAAAAUUUUAUAACGUAGCAAGACCGAUCCUAAGAUAGAAUACUCUCUGGGCCUGUCACAUUUGUAUUUCGAACACGGUAGUGUACCUUAAGUUCUUUUUUUUUUUUUUCAGAUAACUAAACUUUUAAAAUUUUACUUUCACUUCAGCUCAUCAUUUUGGUAAUCUCAUCAUUUGGUAAAGCUCAUCAUUUUGGUAGAUUUUGGUAAUCUUUUUGGAUUUUUAGGAUUUAUGUGGCUUCUAAUUAUUAGAAGAUUGAGAUUGGGAAUUACAGUAAAAAUAAUCGUGACAGCAAUUGUAGUUUGUACUUUCUACCAUAAUUUUGAUCUGUGCUCUGAAUAAUCUUUUACCAGGUACACGUUGAAUAAUAAUAAUGUCCUGACUUUGGAACAGAGACAGUUCUAUGAAGAGAAUGGUUUUCUAGUCAUAAAAAACCUGGUUUCACAAGAGGAUCUUGAGAGUUUCAGGUACAGAUUUAUAUUUCAUAAUUUUGUUUUCAAUUUGAUGCUCUAAAAUCAUGUUAAUUAUAGUUUAAGCUAUAACUUGUGAGCAGGGCAAGAGUGGCCCACAAGGAAACCAGGCUGACAGCCACUUGAGGAGCUUUCGCUGUGAGAACCAAGUCAAACUCUAUUAUCACAGCUAAAUUCCUAAAGGAGUGCAGUGUUGCGUUGCAUGUUCUUUUAGUCCCCAAAGUUCCUCUAUGAGGAGUAUCGGAUUGGACUUUAAGAAGCUUUGGCGUGACAGAAAUGGUCUUUUGACAGUUCUUUUCUGCUCCCUAUGGCUCAGUGUCUAGCCUACUCCGUGCAUCCACCUGAGAGCUAACAAACUCAUUGACUAUUUAUACACAGACACUAAUUGCAAUUUAAAAAGCCACAAGUCUGGAAAAUUAACCUUUCAUUGCCAUUUUAACCCAUGUGUCACCUUGUGUGUCUGUAACAAGGCCAAACAUUCAAGGGUAUGUAAACUUUUGAUCAGGGCCAUUUGGGUGAUUUCUUUUAACAUUAUGAUUUAAAAAGGUGCCAAAUAACUGUGUGCUAAUAAAUGACUUCAUAUGAUCACUAUCCUUCAAGAAAAGACAUUGUUUUGCAUGAUCAGUAAUAGUUUUAAAAUAAAUGCCAAUAUUUCACAAUUUCUGCCAGGGUAUGCAAACUUUUGAGUACAACUGUACCUUCCACUGCAUCCACUGUCCUCUGCACUAGAAGGGGAAAUGCAAAGAUGACCCAAGGUGACAGAGGCUCUUUAAAGUGGCACUGCCAUGUGUUUAUUUCCUAUAUUGUAUCUUAAUGAUUAUUACCCAACCCCGCCACUUUUAUAUUUAUAAUAGUUUUUUCUUGGCAUUUAUUCUCAAUAUCCAAGUACUGCUGUCUGUUCUUCUCAAACUGCAGACAAUGUCCUUCUGUGGGAUUCUUUUGACCAAUGGUUUGUAGGUAAAGGAGCUUAGUAACUGAAAUGGAUCGUGGCGUAUGCUUGGGCCCAUUGACAAAAAAUGCCAGAGAAAACAUUCCCCAUAAGAAAAAGUAGUCCCUACUAAAAGCAAAGAUGAAUUAAUAUAAAUAAAACCAAGGGGAAUUAGAGGGACAAAUUUAAAGCAGCUCUGAAAUGACCUGACCGUCAUAUUCUCAUGUAUGUAAUGUAAUGCAAUAUGGUCCUCAGAGGAAGAACAGAAUAAUAACUGACAAUUGGCAUCAGUGGGGAGGUGCUAACCAACCAGAAAUGGCUGCAUGAGAUUUCCAGUACCUUCUGUAAAACAUCUAAACAGAAAUGCAGAAAAAAAAUCACCAGAGCUAAUAGGCUAAUACAAAACAAUAAUAUACACGCUGUGAAAGACAAAUACGUAGCUCUAAAACACCUAAAAAAGUGGUAUCCCUUACACCACUAAAAACAUAAUACAAUACAUACAGAGUUAUAGGUGGAGCUGUGGAGUGUCUUGAAUAAUCUGGAAAAUAGAAUAUAUGCAGAUAGCGUAGUAUAUCUAUACAAUAUAUAGCAUAUAGAAAAUGAGAAUAAAAGCACUCACAAGGAUAGAGUCAUACCGUCAUAUGACUCUAAAAGUAUGUUCUCUUGGACCAUUAGGGGGUUGUCCAAACCCUUCUUUUGUUGAUUGCUUGUUAUCUCUCCUGAUGGUCUUCAAUAAAGAUGCCCAGUAUACCAGGGAUCUUUGAAAAAUAAUUCUUGUUUAUUUGUAAAUAAAAUAACAAAAUGGCAAUAUACUAAACCAAUAAAUAUUGGGUAUAGAUAUAGUCCAAUAAAAAGUCUAUAAAAGUUGAAAAUGAGUGUCCAAAACGCAUUUCGCCUGAUUAACAGGCUUCCUCAGUUGGCUCUAAUAUUUCUUCCAAAGUUUUCUUUAUUUGAAAAUGCCGCCGGCCGGCUGUAUCUUCUUUUAUAUGGCACUUCCUGAUUCCGUCUGGUGGAACGCAACAUGCGUUCCACCUACGGCACUAACUACCGGUACGCACCGCAAGUGGAACGCACGUGCGUCCCAACUCCGUGCGCACACUGGAACUUCAGCGCCAACUUCCAGAUGGAGCGCCCGCGCGCCCCAACUCGGCGCCAACCUCCGCAAUACACCACAAGUGGAACGCACGUGCGCUCCAACUUCAAGCAGCAAUUCACUUCCAGGUCUCUCUACACUUCCGGGUCACACUCAGGUGGAACGCACGUGCGUUCCAUUCCCAGCCUCACAUCGGGUGGCCAAAUGUGAACCUAAAAAUGGCGUUCUGCCUGUGUUUACACAAAUAUAGUGUGACAUAUAGAAUUAUAAGUGCUAUGUCUUAAAUAAAAGUAAUAUAAAAAAUCGAAUAUUUUGAAAGAGAAAGAAUAAAAACUAAUUCUAUUAGUUUUACAAGAUAGUUUUUAUCUUCUAAAACUAAUAGAAUUAGUUUUUAUUCUUUCUCUUUCAAAAUAUUCGAUUUUUUUAUAUUAUCUUCUAAAACUAAUAGAAUUAGUUUUUAUUCUUUCUCUUUCAAAAUAUUCGAUUUUUUUAUAUUACUUUUAUUUAAGACAUAGCACUUAUAAUUCUAUAUGUCACACUAUAUUUGUGUAAACACAGGCAGAACGCCAUUUUUAGGUUCACAUUUGGCCACCCGAUGUGAGGCUGGGAAUGGAACGCACGUGCGUUCCACCUGAGUGUGACCCGGAAGUGUAGAGAGACCUGUAAGUGAAUUGCUGCUUGAAGUUGGAGCGCACGUGCGUUCCACUUGUGGUGUAUUGCGGAGGUUGGCGCCGAGUUGGGGCGCGCGGGCGCUCCAUCCGGAAGUUGGCGCUGAAGUUCUGGUAUGCGCACGGAGUUGGGACGCACGUGCGUUCCACUUGCGGUGCGUACCGGAAGUUAGUGCCGUAGGUGGAACGCACGUUGCGUUCCACCAGACGGAAUCAGGAAGUGCCAUAUAAAAGAAGAUACAGCCGGCCGGCGGCAUUUUCAAAUAAAGAAAACUUUGGAAGAAAUAUUAGAGCCAACUGAGGAAGCCUGUUAAUCAGGCGAAACGCGUUUUGGACACUCAUUUUCAACUUUUAUAGACUUUUUAUUGGACUAUAUCUAUACCCAAUAUUUAUUGGUUUAGUAUAUUGCCAUUUUGUUAUUUUAUUUACAAAUAAACAAGAAUUAUUUUUCAAAGAUCCCUGGUAUACUGGGCAUCUUUAUUGAAGACCAUCAGGAGAGAUAACAAGCAAUCAACAAAAGAAGGGUUUGGACAACCCCCUAAUGGUCCAAGAGAACAUACUUUUAGAGUCAUAUGACGGUAUGACUCUAUCCUUGUGAGUGCUUUUAUUCUCAUUUUUUAUAUGCUAUAUAUUGUAUAGAUAUACUACGCUAUUUGCAUAUAUUCUAUUUUCCAGAUUGUUCAAGACACUCCAGAGCUAAUAGGCUGUUUUUAAUAAUAAGAAGGUAAUUCUCUUUAUUUAAAAAAAAAAAAAAAAAAGUCGCUGGCCCUUUGCUUUUAACUGACUAAUGUAUGCUAUUCUCACAAGAGGUUUUUUCCCCCUCUCUGUUAAGUAAUUUCAGUAUUUUUAUUUUUUUAUUUUUGUAAUUUAUAUAUUGGAAGAUCACUGGCUAAACUAAACGUAUAACCAUUUUCAUAAUUCGCAAUGAAAUGUAUUCUAUUACUUUUACAGAAAUGCGUUUGAAAGGAUUUGCAAAAAGGAGGUGUCUGCACCUGGACUAGUGAUCAUGAGAGAUGUGGCUAUUGCCAAAUCUGAAUAUGUUCCAGAUCAAAAAGCUAUCACUAAAGUCCAGGACUUUCAAGAAGUUCCUGAACUUUUCAGAUACUGUAGCUUACCCCAGGUAAUAUAUGUGUCUCUGCUAAACCUAAAAAAAAAGUGAAUUUUCUUUUUGUUCUCAGUGUUUAAUUUGUAUGGAGACUAACAUAUAAACAUGAAGAAUACAAGUGCAAGUAUUGGCACCCCAGAUUUUUUAUGAGCAAGUUGAUAGCACUUUUCAUUGAUAAUGUCCCCAGAUUCCAUAACAUGUGUGAAGUGUUUGUUUGUUUUUUUAGAACAUUUUCUCCUUUUUAAAUUGUCUUCUAUUAACUUCAAUGUGAUAAAUGUAAAGCCGUAUUGGUUUUGGUUUUUCAUUGUUAAUGAUUUUCAGAAAUUGUCACAAGCACAAAUAACAUGGAACAAAGAGAAAUCUCCUCAGCAGAUGUGCAGAAAGGCUAAAAAGCAUUGAAAUAGAAAUAAAAUUACAUCACCCAAGAAGUUUAAUUAUGCUGCCAUGUAGUGUAGAACACCCAAAAGUACUGAUUGUACUUCAAACCCUUUGUUUGGAACUUCUUAAUGACGUUGUGAGGGUGCCAAGAGGUCCCUAGAGGCACUUUUACCUUAACGGGUUAAACCAUUCUCUAAUGUAUCUUUUUCCAAGCCAGUUUUGUGAAUGUGGAGUCACUGACUGGCUCAGAGCAUCAGCUGGCUGCUCUUAGCGGCUCCCCUACCUGGCACCACUCAGCGCUUGCUGAAACAUUCAGAAGCCAGAUGCCACCUGGGGGGAGCGGACAUUGCCAUUGGGGUUUAACAGUUAGAGAAUGGUUUAAUCCCUUGAGGUAAGAUGGGCUGUGGGGGCCUCCUGGCACCAUAACAACUUAAUUUAGAUGAAGUUGUUUUGGUGCCUAGGUGUCCCUUUAAAUAAGUAAGUUGUAAUUAAAACAAACAUGGACGUUUUUUCAAAUCUGAUAUUUUUGCCUAAAUUUCAUAAUUGGGUAUUCCUUAUUCUACAAUUCUGUUAAGUGAAUAAAUUACUAUAGCUUAGAUAAAAACAUUCAAAAGAUAUAUUUGUGUGAAAUCUGACAUCUAUAAUAUAGUAAAUCAUUAUUAUAAUAGUUUUAGACUGUUUUUAUUACCAUUCAGUAUAAUUUUCCAUUGUGUAUCCUUAUGCUAUAUUAAGGUGACAUUUGUCUAUUGAGAUGUCUUUCUUUCACUAUAACAUUUGAGUUGUUUGUUCUUUAGGACCCACAUAAUUUCCAGAGGAUAUAUCAUGUGCCAUCAGCUGCAGUUUAGAUUUCCUUUUUAUAAAAGUAAAAAUAAUAAUUGUAUAUACAAUCCUAGGAAUGUGCAGAGAGUAUUUCUAUACAUGUGUAUUUCUAUACAUGAAUAAUCGGUAUUCUCAACGUUUCAGUUUUCGCCAAAACUUUUAUCAAGAAAGUCAGAAGUCUAUGCAGGCUUGUAGUGUCACAGAGGUACUUAAGACCUGUUAUUUAAAGACACUCUAAGUACCAAAGCCACUAUAUAUUAAUGUAGUUUUGGUGCAUAGAUUCUGUCCCUUUCUUACACAAUAGCAAUGUUUACAUUUGUCCAAGAAGAUGCCUCUAUUGGCUGUCAGCCACUAGAGGCACUUCUAUCUUAGGUUUUUGAAAGUCUUCAUGUCCAGCGUCCUCACUCAAUGUAUGAUGAUGCCGAAUGCCAUUACCGGUUCUCAUACAGAAGCAUUGGAAUAAACAUUCCAUGUGCAGUAGAUCAGUGGGGGAGAGGGCUAGAUCUAAACAAGUAAAAAGAACACUCUAAAGUUAAAAAUACAUUAUUUCUAGGAUUGGGGAUAGGAAUAGUAGGCAGGUAAUUAUUAUUUGAUGGUUUUAAUAUAUAUUCGAUGUAAAUUUGGUGGUUCAAUAUAUAGACGUUUAUAUAUAAUUUUUUAUUUUAUAUAUUUUUUUAACUUAGAUUAUUAAGUAUGUUGAGUGCUUCACGGGUCCCAACAUCAUGGCUAUGCAUACUAUGCUUAUCAACAAGCCCCCUGAUGCAGGUAUGUAUAUAUUUGUAUAUAUUGUGUCUUUUUUUUUUUUGUAGUAACCUACACUAGUCCUUGACAGCCCCAAAUCUGUGUUGGAAUCAUUGUUCUUUGUGAACUCUUCUCGAACACAUGAUGAUCGACUACUAUUUUUAAGGGAAAUAAUGUAAAAAUAUUGCAUCUGUAAGGUCUCUGACCUAGGUAUAUGAAAUUAAAAGCAUUAUCAUGCAUAAUAUUGUUUUUCUUGACAAGGUAAAAAGACUUCUCGUCACCCAAUGCAUCAGGACCUCCACUACUUCCCAUUCCGUCCAGCAGAACAUGUGGUCUGUGCUUGGACAGCAAUGGAAAGGAUUGACCGAAGCAAUGGAUGUCUGGUGGUGCUUCCUGGGACACACAAGGGUACACUUAAACAACAUGACUACCCAGAGUGGGAGGUAACAUAUAUAUUAGAUAACUGUAUGCAAUGUCAUUACAGAUUGUGCAGCUGUAGUCCCAUAAACAAAAAAGGCUUGAUUUUAAAAAAAACACACAUGUCAAAGGUAGAUUACUCAAAAUGACUAAGGAAGGUUCCUUUAUAAUGUAUGCAAUUAUUCAAGCUGCUUUGAAAAACACAUGGCAGGUGAAUGUAGAACAUUCAAAAUGUGAAAUAUUUUCUAUGACUUCCUGUUUGUAAAAGUAACAAACAAUUUUGAUAUAAAUAUCAUACUUUCCAAACAUAUUCCAGAAUGAUAAAUAAAAACCUUCAAUAUUAAAAUGACAAAAGUUAUCUUCUAGAAAAUGCAGAUAGUUGAUGAUGAACAAAUGAAUGUUAAGUGUUUUUUGUGGAUUUUUGUUUUACCUUCUUUGAUUUCUGUUAAAAAUUAUGAAAAAAAAAAAAAAAUAUAUAUAUAUAUAUAUAUAUAUAUAUAUGUGUCUGAAAUCCGUUUGGGCCGAAACGUUGAUUUAUAUUUUGCACAGCUAUUAGUUGAAAAUGCAAUAAACACCAUUAUUGCACGGAUUUCAGACCUAGAGUGGUCCCUAUACUUUAUUUUCUCUCUAUAUAUACACGAAGGAUUGUACCUAGGCACGGUAAAUAUAUAUUUUUGUAUUUGGGAGGAGUGCAAGCAUUUUGUAAUUAGGUAUGUAUGUGUAUAUAUACAUACAUACACACACACACAUACAUACAUACCAAUUACAAAAUGCUUGGCACUCCUCCCAAAUACAAAAAUAUAUAUUUACCGUGCCUAGGUACAAUCCUAUAUAUAUAUAUAUAUAUAUAUAUAUAUAUAUAUAUAUAUAUAUAUAUAUAUAUAUAAUAUACACACACUUCUUUUUAUGUAUAACCAUGAAGUGACUACUGCUAAAACAACAAAGUAAACUCCCAAUGUCUAAAGAGCUUUCAGAUAAUGAGUCCCAAAUGCUUUGAUUGUUUAUACACUGGAGGAAAAAACAGAAAUACAUAUUAUAAUAUCUAGAAGAACAGAUAUACUGCUCAAUCAAUUAGCCAUUUGUUAGAUUAUACGUAUAGAAUAAACAAAUCGCUACUGCCUGUUAAACUGAAUUAUCCCAUUUCGGCUGACAAUGGGGCAAAUUUGCUGAAAAUAGGGAUGCACAAUUCCUAUCGCAAGACGCCCAGGACAUGCAGUUCUGGGUGCCGGUCAGGUAGUUAUUUUCUAGUUUCAGUCCUGCUGCGGGCUACUAGCACAGUGCCUUAGGGUGGAGUGGCUUGUCAGGUCCUCGGGCCAUGACCAAGGACCCGACAUUAGGAGGGGGCCGGCGGUUUGUCCCGUGUGCCGCUGGGUGCGAGGCCCCUCUCGUCUGCCCGGGGAGAGAACCAGCACAGUCUGCAGCUCCGCCGCAUGUGAGCUACAGACUGUGCUGUAUCUCGCGAUCUUUGGCCAAUCAGAGCGUUGACGCAGGUUACCACGGCAAGGCUCUGACUUCUGGAGCUCGCGAGAUACAGCACAGUCUGCAGCUCACACCCGGCAGAGCUGCAGACUGGAGAGACAGCCCAACCGGACCACCAGGGAGCCAGGACACUGGAACACCAGGGAAACAAAAAAAUAAGUAUUUCUAACACCCCUCAUUCUGUCACCAGUCACCACCUCCCUCAGUCACUCUGCCACCAGUCACCCCCUCCCUCAGUCACUGUCUCUAGUCACCCCCUCCUUCACUCAGCCACCAGUCACCCACUCAUCUGUCACCCCCUCCCUCAGUCACUCUGUCACCAGUCACCCACUAGGCACCCCCUCCCUUACUAUGUCAUCCCCUCACUCUGCCACCUGUCACGCCCUCCCUCACUCUGCCACCUGUCACUCCCUCCUUCACUCUGCCACCUGUCACUCCCUCCCACUCUGUCACCCCCACCCUCCCACGCUCUACCUGUCACCCCCCUCACUCUGCCAUCCCUAUACCACCCCACACCAAGUGUCCUACCCAUAUUACAUCCCUAUCACCCCACACUAUGUGCCCUACACACACUAAAUCCCUAGCCCAUCCCACACUAUGUGCCUUACACACACUACAUAACCUACACACUACAUCUCUAUACUGCAUCACACCAUGUUCCCUACACACACUAUAUAACCUACACACAUAUACACUAUAUCCCUUUCCCACACCUCACUAUAUUCCAUACACACACACACUACUAAACCUACACAAAUCAUUUGGGAGGAAAAGUAAUUUUCGGUUCCGGUUUCUGGCCAAGGACAUCCUGAAUUUUCGGUUUCGGCCCAGAAUUUUCAUUUCGGUGGAUCCGUAAUAUAUUUUUUUCCCCAUGAGUGUUGUGUGAAUAACAACCAGGGAAGAACCGGAUAUGGCUGUAAUAACAGAAAAUUACUGAGAAUUGAGCAUGUAGAUUGCAGGGGCAUGGUCUAUACAUGAAAUAUACUUAUUAAGCAAUAGUUUAGCUGCUUGGAGCGUCCCUUUAUUCACCCAACAUUAUCCUUAAUAUCUAAAUAUUACCUUUCUUUGCAUCGCUGAAGGGAGGUGUGAAUAAGAUGUACCACGGGAUACGGGACUAUGAUCCGAACAACCCUAGAGUGCAUCUCGUCAUGGAGAAAGGGGACACAGUGUUCUUCCACCCUCUUCUCAUCCACGGGUCUGGAAUGAACAGAACUGCUGGCUUCAGGAAGGUAAAAUGUAAAAAAGAAUAUAAUUAGUAAUAAUAAAGUCCUUCUGUCAUUCUGUGUUCGCCAUAAUGAAGAUCUUACAUCUUCUCCUCCCGCAUGACCAUCUGACCUUUCCCCAUCAUGUACAUAGACAUUACAUUGCAUUGUUCAUUAUAAUAGUGUAACCAUAACUAGUUAGAAAUGACUGAGAAAACACUACAACUCUUCAUCUCUGUGAUGCUCUUACAGUUGGAUACCAGUAUUAGGCUUUAGCUUAGUUCUCACUUAUAUUCACUAAUGGUGGCACUAGGUUUUUGAAUCCACUUUAUUAUUUUAUGUUUUGUUAGUACUUAAUCUCGCAUUAUAUAUGGGGGGGUACCUUUAGCUAUUUCUCGAUCGGCUAUCUGCUCUAUUAUCUAGGGACAGACUAGAACGCCCUCGAAGGCGUUUAUAUUUAGGAGUUUCAGGGACUCUAUAGAUAUUUAUCUUCUCUCUGCUCCUUUUGUUAUUUAUUUAAUUUUAUUUUAUUUCUAGUUGUCUCAUUUAGACCUUUUUUCAAUACUAGAUUUAACUUAUAUAUAAUAGCCUGUGUUAUUUUUCAUUCUUUCUGAGUGUCUGUCUACAAGGUGCAGUUUUGCCUCGGUAUUAGGCAGUAUUUUCUAGCCUUAACAUUAGAUUUUGAUGACUUUUUUCUCUGCAGGGAUUCUAUAGAGUUCUAUUAGGUCCUCUAUCUACUUGCCAAUACUAGUAUUAUAUGUAUUAUAUUUACUGACCUCUUCUCUCAAAUACUCACCUGCAGUUCUUUUCAUCUAUAUGGCUAGUAUUUCCCCCUCCUAGCUUAUUGCUAGAUUUAAUUAGUAAGAUAUCCGUGCCUGUAUCUAGGAAGUCUGCUGCUUGGAAUUCUUUGGUAAUUUAAUAAAGCACUUGCAUUUUAUUUCUUUGCAGCAUCCAUGACUAUGAUCAGAGCUAGAGACUUACGUAUAUGCAUCGAGAUUAAGUGUUAAUUUGGGAACACAUUUAUUGUAGAAUAUCUCUCUAUAUACUGCUUUAUUUAAAAUCAGUUUGGAGUCUCUUAUCCUUAGAUACUCCGAGUAUAUUUUGAUUUUUUUAUUCUCUAAUCUGGGUUAAGCCCUACUUAGGUGGACCUGUAACCACCCCUUCUGACCUUCAUUUCCAAAUUUUCUUACCAUAAACCCAUUUUAAAACAUUGACUACUAUACAUAAAUAAAUGUAACAUUUUUAUUUAGGUAGUAACAUAGAUAGAAAUUACAUGUCUAAUGUACAUGGUGAUAAACUUAUACUCCUGUUUAACCCCUUAAGGACACAUUCCAGAAGUUUGGUCCUUAAGGGGUUAAAGUCAAUUUACAUUUAUAUAUAUAUAUAUAUAUAUUAUUUUUAUAUUUUUUUUACUUUUACUUUGCAGGCAAUUUCAUGCCACUAUGCCAGUGCAGACUGCCAUUAUAUAGAUGUGAAGGGCACAACUCAGGAGAUCAUUGAAAAGGAAGUGGCAGAAAUAGCAUUCAAGCGUUAUGGACUGGAGACUGCAAUUGAUUUAAAGGUAAGGUAGAACUUUGAUCCCUACAGGAAAUCAAUCUGGUGCCAAAGAGAUCAUGUAAAAAUUCCUAUACUUCUGACUCAACUAUUUUUCAAGGAACAUUGGUAUCAUUUGAUUGCAUAGAUUGUAACCCUGUAUGCACCCGGGGAAAAAAUAAGGAACUGUAGUGCUAGGAAUACAAUUUUGUAUUCAUAGUCUAUAGUUUCCUUUUAAAUAGGGCCCUGGAACGAGGGACCUGUGGCAGGGAGGGGAGCAAAGCCAAGGGAGUGGGCCUGGACUCCCAAAUGUAUUUGCAUAUGAAAUCAAGAGUAUGGCACGCACAUAUACACACAUAUAUACAUAAAAACACAAUGUGCACUAUAUCAAUAGCAGAUCAUGUCAAAUCCCAUAUAUAUUAAAAACAAUUCAUAAAAUAUUAACUUCCAUAAUACACACCAUUUUUGUGUACUUUUUUUAUUUAUUUAUUUUAGAUUUCAUGAUCUGCUUGCUGAAAUAAUGAGCGUGCGCGCACACACACACACACACACCCCCCUCACUCCAAGACACCUUUUUAAAAAAAGUCUUCAGGCAUCUAAUAAAGUAUAGCAGCUCUGCAUCAAGCUGGUUUAUCAUGUGCAGCUCAGUGUGUAGAUUAUAUGUAAUUUGGUCAUGGUAGGAAACCAAGAGGGCUGCACUCACCUGAACAUGCGUACAUUAUAUUUUAGAAACCUUAUCCUAGUCUCUCCCAUCUUCGCCUCUCCUCACUGUCUGACUAUAUUGUAUAAAAUAAUGAUAUCUCCUUCUGAAAGCAGCGUAUUAGAAUAUGACAUUAGAAAAGGCACAGUUCUCCACUUUCUCACAAUCCAUGUAAGGACAGAAGAUAUUUAUCUCAUUGACAUCCACCGGCCCCUUCCUUACUACCAGAGAGAUAUAGUUACUGGUGGUAUUUUAUUGUUGCCCAGAUUGUGGCGAGACCUGUUCUACAGUAGAUGCUGGUGGCUGCUAUUCAAUGUAGUCUAUACCCAAAGACACUAAAGAUAAAUACGUACGUGGAAUGAGGCAGAACAAGAGAACAUGUUCACUUUCAUCUAGUCUGCUUACACUAUUUAUUAAUAAUCUUUUCUUUUUUUUUUUUUUCAUAGGAUGCCUGGAUGGCCAGAGGACGUAUUGUUAAAGGCGUUCGAACAAGCCUUUAAAUGAUAAUCUUGUAAAAGAGAGAAAGCAUCCUCUAUAAGGAUUCAAACUGUGUAAUGACAUAUACUUAAUUUGCUAAUAACAAAAUGGCAACCUGAAAUUCACAUUUAAUUGGAUCUUAAACUGUGGCAAUAGUUAACUAUAAAUUAUCUUUACCGUUUGUCAGCAUUACUAUCUGCUGUGACAUACACAAUGUGUACACAUCGGUAUCAGGUUUUAUUGUCCCAUUUAAUCCCUUUAGCUCGGCUAAAGAUAGAUGAACUUGUAAAUGCUCCCACAAUAUUUUAGACCUUCUAAAGUUUUCAAACUAUGUACUUUAGCCACUACUAUACAUUUGUUUAAUUUUACAUAUUUUAAUACAGAUUUGAAAACAAUGGUGUUCCUUUUGAAAGCAGUCCUAGGUUAAAACCCCUUCAGUUACUCACCUUCUUCCACCGCCGGGCUCCCUUACCUGUCCUCCCCCACCGACGUCAGCUCCCCCGUCUGACGUCAGCGGAGCGGACUGCGCAUGCGCAGCAGUGCCGCACGUGCAUUCAAAGUGUCCAUAGGAAAGCAUUUUUCAAUGCUUUCCUAUGGACAGGCUGCGUGAUGGAGGCAUAAUAUGCCUCCAGCGUCGCAGAUGCGCCUCUAGUGGCUGUCUGGAAGACAGCCACUAGAGCCUGGCUUAACCCCAAAAUGUAAACAUAUGUUUAUAGCAGGCAGGGUUAGCCCUAGAGGGACCUGGCAUCCAGACCACUUCAUUGAGCUGAAGUGGUCUGGGUGACUAUAGUGUCCCUUUAACUCCAUACUGAAGUGUAGUCUAUAUCCAUCCUUAAAAAUUUCCUCUCUCCUAGGAAUUCACUAUAAGGUCUGCCAUUCUAAUUAAUAGUUGAUCAAGAAGAUUUCCAUAGUGAAUUAGUUCAUCUGAUUUGACUUUGACAGGUGUUGCUACUGUUAUUUUAGCAAGGCACUUAACAUGUUUGUUUACUCACUGACCUUUGAAAGGCCAGAAAAUGAUUUGAACCAAAACAUUAUAGUCUGCAGCUUUACACUUCAAAUAAAAUACUCUAUAACUUUCUACCAUUUAAACCUGUAACAAAAAAAAAAAUCUGUUAUGAGGUUACCUUCAAAUUACUAAAAAACGAAGUGUACUAAACAGAAUAUCUAAACAUGUAAAAAUGUAAAUUAACUUAAAAUAAAAACUGAACAUGCAUUCUAGGUUAUCUGUUUCAUAAAUUAUGUAUCUCUCUUCUAUUGUUUUCGUUGGUUUCAAAUUUCCAAAAUGGUUUAGCACAAUAAAACAUGUUGCUCGGCUGUUCUCAAGUCUGGAAUUGGCCAAACCAUGUUGUCAAAUAAAUAUUUUUCUAAUUACAUAGUUUAUUUUUUUUUCUCU